GCAGCAGAUGGGCUGAUAAGAACUCUGCAGCUAGCCCUUCCACUACUGGCACCAUGAAAGACRAGGUGGCUCUUCUGGCCAGUGUUACCCUCCUGGGAGUCCUGCUGCAAGCCUACUUCUCUCUGCAGGUGAUCUGGGCGCGCAGGGCUUUCCGCGUGUCCCCGCCGCUUACCACCGGUCCGCCUGAGUUCGAGCGCGUCUACCGAGCCCAGGUUAACUGCAGCGAGUACUUCCCGCUGUUCCUCGCAAUGCUCUGGGUCGCUGGCAUCUUUUUCCACGAAGGCGCGGCAGCUCUGUGUGGUUUGGUCUACCUGUUCGCGCGCCUCCGCUACUUCCAGGGCUACGCGCGCUCGGCGCAACUAAGGUUGGCCCCCCUGUACGCGAGCGCCCACGCGCUCUGGCUGCUUGUGGCGCUGGCUGCCCUCGGACUACUCUUCCACUUCCUCCCGGCCACCCUGCAAGCUGCGCUUCUCAGACGGUUCCAGAAGCUGCUGCCUAUGAUGACUUGAGAGGAAGGACAGCGGGUUGGCAAAGUAGGGAAGAGCCAGAGAGUCCAGGAGCAAAGGAUGGUUGCCCACCCCUGCAUCCCCGUGUCUAAUUAAAGAU